GAAACUAAUUAAAUUUUGCCACAAAUUAAAUACAAAGUGUGUGAAAUACAAAUUACAUAAAGUGAAUCUCUAGUGAAAUUAUUAAUACGUGAACUAUUUACGGGAAAAACUAUCAGGGGGUGUUUCCGAAUAAUCACGGAAGUUGUAACGAGACCAACAAGAGAAAAAACAUGGCCAAUAACUAUUUACAGCCUGUCAAUGAUCAUUUUGGUUUUAGCAACACAAGGCUGGACGAUGUAGACGAUGAUAUAUUCCUAAACCACUCUAGAUCUCGUACUCCCUUAUCGGAACAAGGUGCUGUGGGUGGUAUAGGUCGCAGCACUAAUCCCUUUGAUGAAGAUCCAGAAGAGUACCAAAGACAGAUAUUAGAGGAAAGACGUCGUCAUAUUGAAGCACGUAGUCUGGAAUCAACACAAAAGAGUUUGGGUCUACUCUAUGAAACGGAGGAAGUUGGCAAGGCCACUGCCGUUGAACUGGCCAAGCAAAGGGAACAAUUAGAAAGAACUACCAAACAGUUGGAUGACAUAAAUGCCUCGCUUAGAUUUAGUCAACGUCAUUUGAAUGGCUUGAAAAGUGUUUUUGGUGGUUUGAAAAAUUAUCUAUCAGGAAAUCGUGAACAACAGCCACCAGCCAAUGCUGCUGCCGCUGCUACUACUUCACGUUCACCCAGCGGUAGUCAAAUAUCUCAGAUGGCAGACUAUUCUAAACCCACAAAUAGUAUGAGUAAUAUAGUGCAACAUCCUAAAUCGCCCACUGAAAAAUACGACAAUCAUCCCAUAACCCGUUUACGUGAUGAUUCAUCUAUGCAGCAGCAGCGCAUGCAGCAGCAACAUCAGCGACGCAACAAUCCCUUCGAGGCCCAAUUGGAGGCCAAUCUGGAGGAGAUGUGUGGCAAUCUGUCACGUUUAAAGGGUUUGGCCACCGAUUUAGGUCAAGAAAUUGAAUCGCAAAACGAAUUACUCGAUAAUAUGAAUUACAAAAUGGAAGAUGUGGAUAUAAAAUUAAGCAAGCAGAAUAAGGACAUAUAUAAGUUGUUGGGUAAUAAGUAAAAAAAAGAUAUACUAAUUGUUAUACAUAUUGUUGGCCUAAAGCUGGAAUUAAGGAAUAAAAUAUCGAUUAUUUUGUUAAUAUAUUUUGAUAUAAUUUUUUUUAUUUUUUUAAAAUAAAAUUCAUUCCUUUACAAAAAUAUCACAAUAUGCAUAGUGUAAGAAAAUGUCAUUGAUUAAAGCUUUCAUUCUUUUAAAUAUUUAUAAUGAAUUUAUAUAAUAAAAUACAUACAAAUAAAGAAAA